AGAGAAGAAGAGGGAAGGUAGAAGAAGAAAGGGAAGCGGACAAGCUGAGCUUGUGAAUCCUCGAAGAGGCAUUUUCGAUUUCAGGAAGCACGAGAGGGGCGACCCGUGAUAUUGUUCAUUCAAGAAGCGGCUCGGCUCUCUCGUCUUUUCUUCCUCGAAUCGGAUUUGGUGCUUCCUGGAUCCGUUUUGGCCUUCUGGGUUUGCUUUUUAGACGUUGCCCUAUACUUGGGUUUGUAAUAGAGCAUUGGUUGCGUUGAAAACUAUACAACUCUAAAGUUACGACCUCCGAAGUAUAUUGAUCCAAGGCUUCUUGUAACACACUUUGGAAAUCCCAAGCACGCGUGGUAUGGACAACAGUGCUAACCAGUCACGGGGUGGUGAUUCAUCAUUUAAAACCGAACAAUUACAAGAGGAUUCUAGCAAAGCUAACACUCCUGCAUUUGUAAAUCAUGGUCUUCUUCUCUGGAAUCAAAAUAGGCAGCAAUGGCUGCUGAACAAAAAGGCCAACCGUAAAGAACAAUUGAUUCGAGAACCCAAAUUGAGCACUCAUUGUCUCUGCAUGCCUAAAUCCUUCUGGCUUUGCAGUUGGAAUGCAACGUACGACAGUUUGUUGGGAAGUAACAAGCCAUUCCCGCAGCCUAUACCGCUUGGUGAAAUGGUCGAUUUUCUCGUGGACAUAUGGGAGCAAGAGGGGCUGUAUGAUUGAAUAUCAUGGAUGGAAUGUAAGAUAUUUGAAGGUUAAGCUAGACUCCGGAAGCUCCCUGAACUGCUGAACUAGAACUAUAACAUCUACAGGUUCAAUUAAUUGUUAAGUUGGCAACUUGAGCCAAUACCAAAAUGUAGCAUUCUGCAAAACCAAAACAAAAAAACAAGUAUCAAUCCAUAUUAUUACUGAUCACUGUUCAGCUUGUUGCUCACGCGUCUUGUGUUCU